AUGUCAUCCACUCAGCACUGGCUGUUAUUGAUCAAUUUUGCGUUACUGUGCAUUUACGGGACAGUUCAGUCUAAAAGGAAUUUCAAAUGCCCUUCAGGAUGUUCCUGCUCUAAGGAGACGAUCAUCUGCGUUGGCACCUCUCAGAUCCCACGGACUAUACCGAAUGACAUCAAUUCAUUGAGCAUAGUCAAUGGAUCCAUCGGUGAAAUUACAGAGGGGAUGUUUUCACUGAUGCCAUCUCUUCAGUUACUGCUUCUGAAUGCAAAUUCCCUGACCACAAUCAAAGAUUAUGCAUUCUCUGGCCUUCCUCAUCUGGAGUAUUUAUUUAUUGAGGGAAACAAGAUCGAAACCAUCACCAAAAAUGCCUUUCGGGGUCUUCGGGAUUUGACUCAUCUAUCACUCGCCAAUAACAAGAUGAGGUUUCUGCCCAGGGAUCUCUUCUCUGACUUGGAUUCCUUGCUGGAACUGGAUCUGCGAGGCAAUGCCUUUCAAUGCAACUGUGAGAACAAGUGGCUGAUGACGUGGCUGAAAAACACAAACGCCACUGUAUCAGAUGUCUACUGUGCUGGCCCCAGUGAGAUGAAGGGCAAGCGACUCAAUGACCUCCCCAUUCCCCCGGGCAAGUGCAUCUCCACAGAUUUUGUCCGUCAUCAGUCCAUUCCCAUUCAAUCCAUGUCAGCGGACAUCUUCUCCUUUAAAGAGGACAUCUAUGUGGCCAUGGCUGCCCCCAAUUCCAACAGCUGUGUGGUCAUGGAGUGGGAUCACAUUGAAAUGAACUUCAGACAGUUUGAUAAUAUAACAGGGAAAUCUGUCGUUGGAUGCAAGUCGGUCCUGUUCGACAACCAUGUCUUGAUAAUUGUCACCCAGCUCUUCGGUGGCUCCCACAUUUAUAAGUUUGAUGAUCAACAGAACAAGUUCACAAAGUUUCAAACCAUCGAGGUGUUUAACAUCUCGAAGCCAAACGACAUCGAGGUCUUCCAGAUGGAUGGGGAGUGGUACUUUGUGAUCGUGGACAGCUCCAAGGCAGGCCUGUCCACACUGUACAAGUGGACUGACCAACCAGAUCGCAACGAAACUGGUUUCUUCUCCUAUCAGUUCCUCCAUGAAUGGUUCCGUGAUACUGAUGCCGAGUUCAUUGAUGUAGAUGGGAAGUUUCACCUCAUCCUGGCCAGUCGCUCCCAGCCACCUGUCAUCUACCUGUGGAACAAAAGCACCCUGAAGUUCAUGCUUCAUGGUGAAAUCCCAAAUGUUGAUGAUGUGGUGGCGGUCAAAGCUUUCCGGGUGGAAGAUGAGCUGUAUCUAGCCCUGACUUGCUACAUCGGUGACUCCAAAGUCCUCAAGUGGACCAACAAGCAGUUUACCGAGGUGCAGGCUCUGCCCUCUCGUGGGGCGAUGAUCCUACAACCCUUCAGUUUCUCAGACCGCCACUAUCUCGCCCUCGGCAGCGAUUAUUCUUUCACACAAAUCUACCUCUGGGACACGGAGUUGAAAACUUUUGCCAAGUUCAAGGACAUUUAUGUGCAGUCGCCACGGUCAUUUACUGUGGUGACCACUGAUCGGCGGAAUUUCAUAUUCUCCUCCAGCUUCAAGGGCAAAUCAAUGGUUUUUGAGCAUAUUAUUGUAGAUUUAAGCUUAUAA